AUGGUCAAACCUGUGUCUUUUCUUCUGGCUUCGGCCUCGGCAAUGAACGCGAAUCAGUGGUGGACCGGCGGUGCCAUCAAUCCCCAGCCAGCUGCGCCAAAGGCUCAGCCUAGUGCCAAGCCACUCUGGCUUCCAUGGGGCGCCUGGUCUAGCUGCCGCGGUGUCUGUGGCUCUGGAGUGAGCAACCGACUCCGAAGAUGUCUCAACGGCGUCGCUGGCGUUGACUGCGAAGGCGACUCCCUCGACUCGCGCGCCUGUAACAACCCAGUCGACGACACCUGCUCCUACUGGUCCGGAUGGGGACAGUGGGAGAGCUGGGCCUGCGUUGAAAACCAGCCCAACAAGCUCCGACGCGUCAAGACUAGAACUUGCUUUGGAAGAAGCACAGACCAAUGUGUGGGAUCUACGACUAUUGAAGAAUUUGAUACCGCGCCAAUUCGAACCUACUGCGUGGAAACCAAUCAAGCCUCUUGCUGCCCAUACAACAACCCACAAUGCAACGAGAAAGUCUGCUACAUGGAGGGUCAGUGCCAAGCCAAGGUGAUGACUGACCGAACUCCAAUCACUCUCCCCUGCUGCGAAGAAUACUCCACCUGGACCUCGUGGUCUUCUCCAGUCUACAAACUCGCUGGAGACGAGUGCAAGGACCAGUCCGUCUACAGAACCCGAUACAACGUCUGCAACAAGGCCCAGACCGAAACCCAGGAGCAGACCAUCAAAGGACAAGAUGGCCAAUACAGUGCCUGGCAAGAGGUCCAAUCCUGCGACGGAAAGCAGCUCACCUACGGACCAAACCAAAGCAAGGUCUGGCAGUGCGCUGGAAAGCAGGUCUCUCGACGAACUCACUCUUGCUACACGGAGGGAGUCCACACCGUCGACAAAUACGGCAACGCUCUUGAUUUCACUCGAGUUGAUGCUUGCGGUCAAAAUGCUCAGCCACAGUUAAGCGACUGGGACAUCGAUGAUGCUUCCUGCGCUGCUGUCUGCCGAGGCUCCGGAGUUUUCCGAUACAAGACUCUCAUCGACUACUGCGCUGGUACUCAGACUCCAUGCCAGCAGGGCGAUGCCACUUGCAUGCAAGAAUGCGGUACCAACGGCGACUGGCACCUCUGGUCAGCUUGGUCCGGAUGCUCUCGAAACUGCGGCGAGAAAGAAACCCGAUACCGAAAGCACAGCUGCGCCCAGUGGAAUGGACAAGCCGAUCAGGUUGAAGAGCGAGCUUGCGGAUUUGACGAAGGAUGGGCUGCUUGGGGACAGUGGGAUGCUACCUGUGCUACUUCCUACCCAGACGCCUGUGCUGACACUUUCACCAAGCGAGUUCGAACUUCUCGAUGUGGAGUUAUGGACGCCGCUGGAAACUUCGUCUACGAAGAUUCCCAGAGCUCUAUCUGCCAGAAACCAGUCAUGCCCGCCCCAACUGAGAUCGUCGGUCAGUGCUCUGCUCAAUGCCACGACACUCGAAACGGGAUCUACUCCUUCCGAAACAUCCAAUACGUCAAUGCUUGUGGACAACUCGUCGAUCAGAAGACUGAGCAGUGCAAUGUCCCAGCUUGCUGCGAGCUCGGAUGGUCCGACUGGUCCGAUUGCACUUGCGCUGGAUUGAGAACUCGAUCCGAAGUCUGGAUCUGCCCCAACAAGCAGCCCGAGCCCACCGGAAAGGUCGAGUCCGAUAGCUGCCAGGUCCCAACUCUCCCACUCCAGCCAUGGAGCAACUGGAGCAGCUGUGAAGCUGAUGUCUGCACCAAGCAAUCUUCUCGAUUCCGAUGCCCAGUCUGCGCUGAUAAUGCCAACGAUCCUACUUGCACUAUCGGCAUUUCCGGUGCCCGCCAACAGCCCGAAUACGAAUACGCUGAGUGCCCAGCCAAGACCGCUUACACUUGUGAUCCAUGCUACACCGUCUGCGGAAACGGUCAACAAAAAUGCUACCAGAAGGAUCUCUGCACCAACAUGCUCGUCCCUGGAACCGAGACCAUGGUCGCCUGCCAAUCCACUUACAGCUGUGUCCCCGAGGAGACUACUACCGGAUGCAUCCACAACUACAAUAAUCCCAAAUGCCCAGGAACCGAAUUUUUCAAGCGAAGCGCCUGCGUCGACAAGAACUAUGAAUGCUCUGCCGAGCAGUCUUGGCAAUUGCCAUGCGGUCCAACUGAGCUUCCAGAAGCUGUCUUCGGCCAGUGGUCUGCCUGUGACCCCGCAACUUGCACUCAGCGACGAUCUGUCACUUACGAAUGUAACCCAGCUGACAACUACGAAGAAGAACAGGCUUGCAAGCCGUAUGCUCAGCGAAACUGGAGCGCCCCAGGCGAGUGCCUCGCUUCUGACGCAACUUCUCCACGAUUCUACUACAAUGGCGAGACUCUUCCAUGCUCAGGUGCCCGAAAGCAAGUCCUUCCACCAAUGUGCCCAGGCGAAGUCGAAGAGGUCCGAUUCAUCCCAUGUGGUCUUGAAAUCGAGCUUGAUCAAUACAACAAUCUUGACAGCGAAACUUGCCUUGACAACGUCCCUCAGUACGUCGACUGCAUGAGAGACGAUAUGGGCGAGUGCAUCUUCCCCGCUACUCGAUCUCAGGAAGAAGCUUGCCAGACCGGAAUCUUCGAAGAUGUCGUUUCCAUCAUCCGACAGCCAGUUUGUCCAAAAUGGUCUGCCAUCCAGUGCUCCAAGACCGUCGUUCUUCCAAAGAACUGCAUCGAGUGCGAAAGAAACUGGAGCCCAUUCGGAGCUUGCUCUGACGAGUGCAAGCUUGGCUACCAAUACCGAGAGGAAAUCGAGACCUGUAAGAAUGAGUUCUUGCCCGAUCAAGCUGGACAGACCCGACUUACUGGAAACCGACAGUGGCAACAGUGUGGACCAUCUAACCCAACUUCCUACACCGAAGAAGGAGAAUGUCUUUCUUCUGGCUACUGCAGCAAGUGUUCCAACACUGGUGCUGGCUUGAAGACCGUCACUACCUGGGACGAGUACCCAACCCUCCCACAAUGCGGUCGAUUCAACAUCCGAACUGAGCAAGUCGCCUGCCAGCUUCCACAAUGCCCACAAUGGCGAGAAGAGCAGUUCCCAACUUGCGCCGUUUGUGACGUUUCCGUCUCUCGAAACCGACAGUGCAUCAAGCCACUUGGCGCUGAAAUGUGCGACUGCCUCGAUACUCCUUUCGAAUCCGAGCGAUUCUGCCCAGUUGUUGCUUCCUGGAGCGAGUGGAGCGCAUUCGGUCCAUGCUCCCGAUCUUGCGAAGAAGGUGAGAUGACCCGAACUCGAACCAACAUCUGUGACAGCAGCCAGGUUGAGACCAACACUGUCAAGUGCACUCCUGAGCCAACUCCCUUCCUCCCCGCUGGAUUCACUCAAUGCACAAGCAACCGAUGCGUCGUCGGUAAACACAUGCCAAUUGAGAAGAACGCUUGCGGACAAAUCCGAUACGGAGCUGAACAAAUCUGCUUCGAACCGACUGACCUUGCUAUCACUCGAACUGCUACCGGCGGCUGCAUGAUGAGCCCCACUGAGCCCGCUCAAGCUUGCCAGACUGGUGUCCAAGUUUUCAUCGUCCGAAACGAGUGCGCCGACCUCGCCAGCCAGUACCCACAAUUCGCUGACAAAUACGACUACGAGCAGUGCACUGUUGCUCCAAUUGAGCCAACUCCAUGGAGCCAGUGGGCCCCAUGCCAGAAAUCUUGCUUGAACUCUGGCGAAGCCCAGGAGAUCACCACUUCUCAGCGAUACGACCAGUGCGGCAAAUUGGAGAUCCGAGAACAGCUUUGCACCGUUCCUUCUUGCGCUGCAUGGUCUGGCUUCCAGGUCACCGCCAAAUGCUCAUGCAACAACCCAGGAUCCGCCGUUGUCGAGCGAUUCUGCAUUGACGGAAACGGUAACCCAGCUGUUGGAUGCGUCGGUGAGAGCCGAUUCCAGAUCCCCUGCGGUGUUGGCACCUCCAACAUUCUCGUCAACCCUACUCAAUACAACUUGCCACAGCCUUCCCCAGCUGAGAUGGCUGCCAUCCAGAACCUCGACCUUGGAUCUUGGACUCAGAACCCAGGAACCUGGACUGGAUUCAGCGGAUGCGUCAAGACCUGUGACGUUUCCGGCCUCUGCGGCAGCGAGUACCGAUCCCGAGAGCCAUUCUGCACUGACAGUGACGGAAACACCGUCAAAUACGCUCGAAUCGAAGACUCCCGCCCUUGUCCAUGCCAAAAGGGAGAAUGGCGAGUCACUGGCGACUCUUGCAGCUCGCUCAGCCCAAUGUCCUGCCCUGGCGUCCGAACCGUCACCAAGACUCACUCUUGCACCGGUGAUGUUGUCCAAGAGCCAGCUGGUCAGUGUGGUACUCAAGGCCAAUGGGGAGCCUGGUCUGCCUUCACCCAGUGCUCGACCGAGUGCAACAUCAAUAACCGAACUCCAGUCAAAACUCGACAGCGAUCGUGGACUUGCGCCGGCGAGAAGGCCGAUGAAGUCGAGACUGUUGCUUGCCCAACACCAACCUGUCCCUACUUCGGCGCCUGGUCCAGCUGGUCUGCUUGCACUGUCUCUUGCGGACUCGGUCAGAAGACCCGAACUCGAUACUGCCACGGUGGUCCAGUCGGUUCCGGAUUCUGCAUCGGUGGUUCUGACAAUCUCCUUGGAGACGAAACUGUCAGCUGCGACAUGGGUGAUUGCUGCGAAUGGGACUGGUCCGGAUGGACUGGCUGCUGUAACGCCGGAAUGACCAACAAGCGACUCCGAUUCCGAGGAAACAACUGCGGACAAGAUGUCGAAGAGAUCCAGAAGGAUUGCGAAGCUGACAAGAUCAACCCAGGACAAACCUACCCAUCCUGCUCUGUCUUCCAGCAAUCGAGUCUCCAGAUGGUCAGAAACGGUGGCUCCCUCACUUGGUUCAAAUACGACGACAGCCAAAUCGUUGACUUCCUCAACCCCGACAAGAAGCGAAACGUCGUCUACCAAGACUACAAAUACAACGAAGAUCCACUCACCCACAAGGUCAUCAGCCAGGCUGAAGUGAUCAACAAGGCUCCAGUCAACUAUGCUCCAGUUAACGUUGCUCCAGUCAACAUUGCUCCAGCUCCAGUUGCUCCCAACAUGGUCUACACUCCAGUCAACCAGUCGGUCAAGGCUCAGCCAGCCUUCAACCCAGUGAUGCCAGAGCCAGUCGCCCAGCCUAGCACGAACAUCUUCUCCAACAUGUUCCAGGCUCCAGUCGCCCAAGCUCCAGUCGCCCAAGAGCCAGUUGCCGCCCCAAAAGUCCAGGAGCCAGUUUCAAGCCCAUUCAGCAACCCUUUCAGCUUCCUCCUCAGCGACAACACCGCCUUCAAGACCGGCAACAACAACGACAUGACCCCAAUGACUGGUCACAACAACUAA